UGAAACAAGAAGUGAAGUUCUCUUUCAAACAUGGAAGCGGAGAAUAUUGAACAACCUUUGUUGAAGAAAAAGUAUUAUGAGAACUGCCCAGGUUGUAAGGUGGAUCAAGCAAAAGAGCUGAAAAGUGAUGUUUCCAUUCUAAAUCUUUCUUAUAUUUGGAUGGCAGUGUUAUGUGGCUCGUUGCCUGUAUCAUCACUCUUUCCCUUCGUUUAUUUCAUGGUAAAGGAUUUUAAUGUUGCAGAAAAAGAGGAAGAUAUCAGUGCGUAUGCUGGUUAUGUGGGAUCUGCAUACAUGCUUGGCAGAACUUUAACAUCUAUAAUGUGGGGAGUAAUAUCAGAUCGCUAUGGUAGAAAACCAGUUAUAAUUAUAGGGCUUAUCACGAUUGUCAUUUUCAACACACUAUUUGGUCUUAGCACAAAUCUAUGGAUGGCUAUUAGCAUGAGAUUUCUUCUUGGAAGUUUAAAUGGUUUGUUUGGCCCAAUAAAGGCCUAUGCUACUGAAAUUUGUAGAGAAGAGCACCAAGCUCAAGGACUCUCAACUGUUGUUGCAGCUUGGGGAGUAGGUUUAGUCAUUGGGCCAGCAUUGGGAGGUUAUUUGGCUCAGCCAACAUUGAAAUACCCAAAUCUAUUUCCAAAAGAUUCCUUUUGGGAUAAGUUUCCAUAUUUCUUGCCCUGCUUUAUAAUAUCAGCUUUUGCAUUUGCAGUAGCAAUUGCUUGCAUUUGGCUUCCGGAGACACUUCACAACCACAAUGGUAAAAAUAAGUCCAUUGAUAACGCGGGAGCUUCAGAAAAUGGAAGAAGUGGGGCUGACAAAGGCAAGAUGAUCCAAAAAGAUGAAAACAUUCUCCUAAAUUGGCCCUUAAUGUCAUCUAUCAUUGUUUACUGUAUUACCUCACUUCAUGAUAUUACUUAUCAAGAGGUUUUCUCAUUAUGGGCUGUUAGUCCUCGAAGGUUGGGUGGAUUGAACUUUUCAACUGAUGAUGUUGGUAAUGUUCUUGCUAUAUCAGGUCUUGCUAUUAUAAUCUACCAGGUUACCCUGUACCAAUCAGUGCAAAAAGCUUUUGGACCUGUUAGCAUUGCUCGCUUCUCUGGGGUAUUAUCCAUACCCCUCUUGCAAAGUUACCCCUUCAUUGCAAUGUUGUCAGGCUUCACACUUUACCUAGUGAUAAAUAUUGCUUCUAUAUUCAAGAAUCUUCUGACUGAGACAAUUGCAACUGGUUUAUUCCUUCUGCAAAAUAGAGCUGUGGAACAACAUCAAAGAGGGGCUGCUAAUGGUAUUGCUAUGAUGGGUAUGUCAGCAUUCAAAACAAUUGGUCCAGCUGGAGGUGGUGCAAUAUUAACUUGGUGUCAAAAGCGGAUAAAUGCUUCUUUCCUCCCAGGCACCCAUAUGGUCUUCCUUGUACUGAAUGUUGUUGAAGGACUAGCAGUAUUGUUGAUGUUCAAACCAUUCUUACCCUCGGAGCAGUUACUCUGAUAGAAAUAAAUUUUGCAUAAGGGUAAAGCAUUUCGGGGUUAUCUAAUACAUUAGUUUUGAACUAGUGAAAUUGAAAUAUUUUUAUGGAUGAUUCUGUGUUGGACAUUUACAUGACGCGAGUUUUGAAUUCCAUUAUUGAUAUUUUAGAAGGGGUCAAUCUGUAUCUGACAGAAUUAGUUUAAGAUUUGACUUAUAUGAUUGAGCUUGAAAUAUGUAAUUUUAUUUGAAUUUUUAAUAUGC